AUGCGCACCUCCAGAGCGUCUAGAGACGCUAGCAAGCUCUUUGGCAGAGGAUCCCCUUCACCGCCGCGACGUACGACGCGCUCUUCCCUAGCCCGAUUCGCGUACGGAACGCCCUCGACCACGACGGACGACAAUGCGACACCCGACGUUGAAGAUGCGAUUCCCACGCCCGCGCGUAAACGUCGUCGUCUGACAGCGACAAGCACAGUCAAGACAUCACCAAGCUCCACUAGUGUCAAGGUGAAUGUUGAAGACGUGAAGGAGGAACAAGAGACCAAAUCGCCAGUCAAGCGCGCCAGGAAGCCUGCGAGGAAGACCACAGCCCCCAAUGGCGAGACGACGGUGUCCUCGCCGUCCGACUGGGAGGAGAUGUUCGAGGUAGUGCGUACGAUGCGCGCGCCGGGCGGUGCAGCUGCCAAUGCCGCCGUGGACACAAUGGGCUGCGAACGUCUGGCGGACACCAAUGCCUCGCCGCGCGACCAGAGGUUUCACACACUCAUUGCGCUCAUGCUGUCGAGCCAGACAAAGGACACGGUCAAUGCUGUGGCGAUGGCGCGACUCAAGACGGAGUUGCCGCCCUGGAAGGAGGGAGAGCCCUUUGGACUCAACUUGGAGAAUGUACUGGCCGUGGAACCGGACGUGCUGAACAAGAUGAUAUGGGCGGUGGGAUUUCACAACAACAAGACAAAGUACAUCAAGCAGACGGCCGAAAUUCUACGCGACAGAUUUGCUGGCGAUAUCCCCGACACGAUCGAAGGCUUGGUCUCCCUGCCCGGCGUGGGACCGAAAAUGGGCUAUCUCUGUCUCUCCGCGGCGUGGGAUCGCACCGAGGGCAUUGGCGUCGAUGUCCACGUCCACCGCAUCACGAACCUGUGGGGAUGGAACAAGACGAACAGCCCAGAGGCGACGCGCGCCAGCCUGGAGUCGUGGCUGCCUCAGAACAAGUGGCGCGACAUCAAUCACAUGCUCGUGGGCCUAGGCCAAACAAUCUGUCUCCCGCAAGGUCGUAAAUGCGGUGAAUGCGAUCUCGGGCUUCGAGGUCUGUGCAAGGCUGCCGAGCGCAAGAAGGUGGCUGAGGGCCGGAGGGUUAAGGAAGAGCGAUUGGAGCAGGAGGGAGACACCAUCAAGGUGGGAACCCAACUGAAGGAGGAAAUCGCCGUCAAAGAAGAGGUCGUUUGUGAGGAUGUCAAGAUCAAGCUGGAUGGGGAGGCGCCGGAUGCAACUUGA